CACUGAAUGUAGAGUCCUGUCAGUGGCGCUUUUCGCUUGAAAGGAGAAGUGCUGGGAGAAAUAAUUAAUGUUCUUAUUAUAUUUGUAGGGACUUUUUGUUUUGGUGCGCGUAUGUGCGCGCGCGCAUCCGAUCGUCUUUGCCGUACUUUCAGGCUCUUUGAAGGCUGCAUCUGGAGGAACUCUCUUUUAAAUCCAAUGUCCAGAAAAUAAUAAAAAUACUACGAUAAAGUCAUCAGAAUGGAUGGAUUUUAUGACCAGCAAGUGCCUUACAUGGUCACCAAUAAUCUCUGUGGGAGAAAUUGUAAUGAGCGACCAGCAAAUGUCAGGAAAAGAAAAUUCAUUAACAGAGAUCUGGCUCAUGACUCAGAAGAACUGUUUCAAGAUCUAAGCCAAUUACAGGAAACAUGGCUUGCAGAAGCUCAGGUACCUGACAAUGAUGAGCAGUUUGUACCAGACUACCAGGCGGAGAGUUUGGCUUUUCAUGGUCUUUCAGUGAAAAUCAAGAAAGAACCCCACAGUCCAUGUUCUGAACUCAGCUCUGCUUGUAGUCAAGAACAACCAUUCAAAUUCAGUUAUGGAGAAAAGUGCCUGUACAAUGUCAGUGCCUAUGAUCAGAAGCCACAAGUGGGAAUGAGGACUUCUAACCCACCAACUCCAUCAAGCACUCCAGUUUCACCACUACAUCAUGCAUCUUCAAACUCGAUUCAGAAUUCUAAACCUGACCGGAUUUUUGCAACUCAUUUGCCUCCAUCCCAGCCCAUUUCAGACAAUAACUUUCAUAUGGAUCACAGAUUUCGCCGUCAGCUCUCAGAACCUUGUAAUUCCUUUCCUCCUUUGCCUGCCAUGCCACGGGAAGGACGUCCGAUGUACCAACGCCAGAUGUCUGAGCCAAACAUCCCUUUCCCACCUCAAGGGUUUAAACAGGAGUACCAUGAUCCAGUGUAUGAACACAAUGCCAUGGUUGGCAAUUCAGUCAAUCAAAGUUUCCCUCCUCCUCUGAUGAUUAAACAAGAACCUAGAGAUUUUGCAUAUGAUUCAGAAGUGCCUAGUUGCCAUUCCAUUUACAUGAGGCAAGAAGGCUUCCUCACUCACCCAAACAGAACAGAAGGUUGUAUGUAUGAAAAAGGUCCAAGGCAAUUUUAUGAUGACACUUGUGUUGUUCCAGAGAAAUUUGAUGGUGACAUUAAGCAGGAGCCAGGAAUGUAUCGUGAGGGCCCCACAUACCAGCGACGUGGUUCCCUUCAGUUGUGGCAAUUUUUGGUAGCUCUUCUUGAUGAUCCAUCAAACUCUCAUUUCAUUGCUUGGACUGGCCGAGGUAUGGAGUUCAAGCUGAUUGAACCAGAAGAGGUGGCACGGCGCUGGGGCAUUCAAAAAAACAGACCAGCCAUGAACUAUGAUAAACUUAGCCGAUCACUUCGCUAUUAUUAUGAAAAGGGAAUCAUGCAAAAGGUUGCUGGAGAGAGAUACGUGUACAAGUUUGUUUGUGACCCUGAAGCCCUCUUCUCCAUGGCCUUUCCGGAUAACCAGCGUCCCUUGCUGAAAACUGACGUCGAACGUCAUAUCAAUGAAGAGGACACUGUCCCUCUGUCCCACUUUGAUGAGAGUAUGGUCUAUAUGCAAGAAGGAGGCUGCUGUAAUACCCACCCUUAUAAUGAAGGCUAUGUAUAUUAAUUGGAGUGACAGGAGUGGAGCCCCCUUUUUCAUCCUAAGCUUCUCCCUCUUUCAUGAGACCAAGACAAAAGCUGAAUUCCCGUCAGUUGAUUUUAUAAGAAUAAGGAUUAAAAACUGUAAAAAAGAAUAAAAGAGUACUAUAAAGGGGUUUCUUCUGUUGUAUUACUCCUGUAGUCUGACAUGGACAGUGCACUUUAUUUGAAAAGGGAAGUUUAGAAUCUAAUUGUUUAUUCUUUGGAACAAGGGUGGAAAAUACAGGUUUUAAGUACAACAAAGCUGUAUCAUGUCUGAGUUUGUUUCUGUUUCUUACUUGGUUAAAAAUAAUGUACAUGUUCUCUAAUUACCCAUAGUACAGUUAAUUCUAGACAUGAUCAAUAACCAUUUGUACACUACCUGGAGAAUUAUCUGUCAGGGACACUCUUCCCUCUCUCCCAUUUUCACUAUAGUCUAGCCAUUUUUCCUGUCUUUUUUAUUGCUAGACAGACGUUAUUUAUCCCUUAUAAAGAUUGAGCUUUGCACAUUCAGAAUAUGUGCUCUACCACUGAGCUAAGUACCAAUAAUGCUAGAUUUGAAAACUAGAAUUAGAUUUAUAGUUUUGCUCCUUAAAAGACAGGAUCCACUUUUAUUUUAUCUCUUUAAAACAUAUCUAUGUAUCUUAGACACCACCUUGAUUCUGUAUACAAGUCAUUAAGGAAAGCAUUCAUUCUGGUCCAAAAAACACAGUUCCUGGUUUAUGAUUAUAAAUUGCAAGGCUGUAGCUUAGCUUCUGAUAUCAGGUGCCAUCUUGUUAUGCAAAUACAUCAACAUUUAAUCGUUUUCAACUUUUCAAUGUCCACCUGAGUGUAGUAAUUGUUUAUACUGAACUAUUCUGCAUAUUCUUUUAACUUUAUGUACAGGACUGUGAUCACAAAGGGUGAGACAGAAUGCUGUCCUUCCACUUUCUUUGAUUCAUAAAUAGGUUAUUUAAUCAAUAAGAAUUAACUGUACUAGUUCUCAUAUCUUAUUAUGCUAUUUCAAUCCACAGCAGUUUCUCCUUCAGCAAAGCAUCCAAUAUACAAAUAAGUACUUUAGUAAUUUUUAGACACAAUAUCCAAUAAUACGCAUUUUAGCCUUUAUACUGCUGUGUUAUGUUGAUAAGCAUAUAUACAUACUAGCUAAUGCUAUCGCUUCUGCUGCUGUCUUUAUUCCUGUAAUACUCUCUUUGCUGAAUUUACUAUGCUCUUUAUAAGCAAUGCUGUAACUACAGGUAGUAUUCAGGACAAAAUAGAUGACUUGAACCUUUUACUGUUUAGAAAAAUAGCUUAUGCCAUAGCUGUGCUAUAUACAGCUUUUAUGUGCAUUGCAACAUGGAUAGGACUUUCCAGCUUGCUAAAGAGGAACUCUGCUGAACCUUUUAUAAUGCUCAAUGGAGCAGAGACCUCUACAUAAUAUCAAAAAUACAGUUAUUUUUUUUCUUUCUUUUUGGGCUGUAUCAUGUAGUGCUGGCACUGAUGCUUAACAAUUUUGUUGGGACACUAAUUGUAAGUGUGAUUAGGUAAGUUUGGAAAACCCUUUAAAAGUUGUUUUAAUUUUGGGGAAGGCAACAUUGAAAAAAGACAAAGAUCUUAUUCUUAAGUUCAAAUUAAAUGAAUAAUAUUUAAGAAUACCUUAUCUUCAGUGUUAACUUUUUGCAUUGGAGCAGGAAAUAGAAAGCAUGUUUGAAGUUUGGAGAGUGGUUUUUCAAACCACUUCUCUUCCAGAACAUCCAUCCCAAUAGUCAUAUACAUACUUUGCCCAGAAAUCAUCAACUCUGAAAUAGAGAAAGGGCGGAUAGGAGUCCAUAAUUAUUAGUUUCAAAAAUAAUGUUUCAUUGUAAAUGACAUGAUAUCAGAGAUGCGGGGAUGUGGUGAUUUACUUUGCACUCAGUGUUAGUCAAGAACCCUAUAAAUCUAUAAAUGAUUUAUAAUGCAAUUCAUUUCAGACUUAAUGAGUAUUAACCACUAUAAACCACAGCGGCAACAGAGCACACUGGGCCUGCAUCUCUUUCACCCUAAAACAUUAAGAGAGUUUCAUGUGUGCAUGUUAAAAAUUCCAUGGCAUGUUAACCUUACAGAAAUCUCUGCAAAAAGUGCUUCAUCUUAUCCCUGCCAUUGUUCAAUGGCAAAAUUUCUGUAGUUGGCUAUAAAAUUUGUUUUUUUUAUUUUGUUUUUGAAAAGCUACCAUUGGGAUAGAAUCAGUGACUUUAAUCAUGAUGCCUACUGAUGUCUCUAUUGACCUUCCCUAGACUUUCCUCCUCACCUAACUUAAAAAUGGGAGGGUAGCAUUUUCAGAGUGCCAACUUCCAGCUGUCUUCAAUCACAGUUAUGCUUUAAAAAAAGUUCUGCUUAUUAAAAAAAAACAGUUGGGGAAUGUCUGCUUGCCCACUAAGAGUAUACCUAAGUAAAUGAUGUGAUAGAAGUCCUGGGAAUAUAUAUACAUUUGUCAUCUGGUAGAUGAUUGAUUUUUAUCUGGCUGCAUCCAUUAUGGCAGCCAUUUUGUUUGUCAUCUCUGUCGAUCUUUUUUUUUCUGAAUAAGGUACCUAAAA